GUGAUAAAAUAACCAUCCGUUUUCUGGCUGCUGCUUUUUGCUGUAGAGUUUCAACAUGGGGAGGUUUAUUCAGACGGCAUUUCUUCUCUUUUUAGGGUUUUCUUCUGCAUUAGGCUUGUAUUUUCACAUUGGUGAAACAGAAAAAAAAUGUUUCAUCGAAGAAAUCCCUGAUGAAACUAUGGUUAUUGGUAACUAUAAAACCCAACUGUACGACAAAAACACCAAUGAUUUCAUGCCAUCGAGUCCGCACAUUGGUAUGCAUGUUGAAGUGAAGGAUCCAGACAGUAAGAUUAUUCUGUCCAAGGUUUACAGCUCUGAAGGGAGGUUUACCUUUACAUCACACACACCCGGAGAACACUCCAUAUGCCUUUAUUCAAACUCCACCAAGUGGGCUAUGUUUGGUGCUAACAACAAAAUGAGGGUUCAUCUGGAUAUUGAAGUUGGUGAACAUGCCAAUGAUUACAAACAGAUUGCCGAAAAAGAUAAAUUGACAGAGCUACAGCUUCGUGUUAGGCAGCUCCUAGAUCAGGUCGCACAAGUACAGAAAGAACAAAACUACCAAAGGUAUCGUGAGGAGCGAUUUCGACAGACAAGUGAGAGCACAAACCAACGCGUCUUGUGGUGGUCCCUCGGACAGACAGUUAUACUCCUAGUCACCGGCUUCUGGCAGAUGAGACAUCUCAAGGGAUUCUUUGAAGCUAAGAAACUUGUAUAGUGUAUAUUAUUUUAAGGGACUUUAUCCCCCAAAAAAGUUUUAUAGGGAGUGUAAGAAUGAUCACACACCAAUCAGAGGUUCAGAUGUGUCUAGUUUGAUCUUGACACUUAAAAAUACCAGAUCUUUCAAAUUUGGAGGAAAAACGAAACUGUUGGAGAGAUUAAACCUUUUAAUCUGACAUCCUCAGUUUUUGUAUCAGUAGAAGAAUACAGCAGGAAAUUUAUUAUAAAUACUUGGCAAAAGGGACUGGAUUUGAGUCAGGAAUUACUUAAAUGGAAGCAGUACUUAUUUGUCACUACUUUUGGGAAUGGUAGAAAUGGAUGAAAUGGUUGAAUGAUACUGGAAUGAUUUUGGUCUGUUUUGGGGUUGGGCGAUGGAUUGUUACAAGAAUUAGACAGAGCCUGGUGUCUCAUGCCUGAUCUUGGUUUUUUUUUUUUUUUAUCAAUGAUCUCCAGGGACGUUUAAGUGUAAAGUCAUCAAUUGCUUUAGAUGGCAGGCCAGGAACUACAUGGAGGCUACGGCCUCUGUUGCCUUGGUCUUGACCUUGGUGCCCCAUGAAACGUAUCCCAUAGACUUUAAGAUCUUACAUUGGAGGUGCUCUUUUCAAAAUGAAAAAGGCCUCGCCCUCUAAAUGAUUUCAGGCAUAUGAGCGUGUUUACAAGACAUUGGUAUAGACGAUGUGACCUAUGUUUACAUUCAAACCCCCCCUCUGUUGAAAAAAACACUGUAUACGUCAUGUUUUG